AAGGAAAAAGACACAGUCGUUCAGCUUAUGAUUUAACUGAGAUCUGCAGCAAAAACAGCAGACAGAGCCUCAGCCUCCCCUGAGUCCCUUCCCUUCCCUUCUUGUUGACCAUGUUAGAUUUUUCUUUGUAAAGAAGACAAGAACUCUUAAUUCUCUCUAUCUCUCUCUUUCUCUUUAUCUCUGAUAUACAAGAUGAGGAUUCGCAAGAACAGAAAGUUGUCGUAUGGUGGUGUAGGGGAAGCUGAGGUCCAGCAGCCACAUGUGUGCCUCUUAAACCAGUCUCCAUGGGAUGCGAUUUCAUUUUCUCAACAAAACUAUCAAUCUGCUAUUCACCAGUUUGAAAGAGAAAAUAGUUUUGAUGGGAACGAGGACUUUCGUGACUCUGUUCGAGCUGUUGAGAGGGAAAAUGAGUCAGCAAGAAAGACGAAUAAUAAUGACACAGAAAUGAACCCAACAGAGAAAAAGGAUAAAUUGUUUGACGAUAACGAAAUCGAUAGAGAAUUCAAAUUCAGUGGAAGUGAAGAGAACGAGCACAAAGCAGUAGCUUGCAUAACCAAUAACAGCAGUAACACUGAUUCCUCUACCAAGAAAUCUGAACGUAGAGGCCAACCAAGGGAAGCUAAAAGAGCACGGUCUGCGAGUUCAAGCAGGCAUGAAUUCUAUUAUUAUUCUGGGUUUGGGCCAUUAUGGGCCAAGAAAAAGGAUAGAGGAGAAGGGAACAACAGUAAGGGCUUUGACAUUAGUUGGUGCUGCACUUAGUAUUAAGAUAAGCCAGUUUCAUGAUAAUGUUGGGUGAUAAAAAUCUCAUUGUAGACUGUCUAAUUGUAAAAGGGCGUAAUUAAAGAGAAACUUACUGAAGCCAAAAGACAUUGUAAUUCUUGCAGUUUAAUCUUAUGUUUGAUCAUCUCCUUA